CCCCGGAACGGUCGCAUCUUGGGCCUGUCGGAUUGUGUUGGGACCUUCUUCUUGGAUGGUAGUGUCAUACAGCCCGCGCUUCCGGUGGCAGAUGGAAUCAAUCAGCCUUUGAUCGGCCGCUGUCGCUGUGUGGAAAAAAAAAUCGUCUGACGACUUUAGUCUGAAAAACGUGUAAAGUGAGAGAAGUAAAGGGCCCACCGUGUGUGAACGCAUCUAAAGUUACCCACACGUAUUCUAUUCGUGAUCUGUAUUCUAUUCCGUGAAGUGUUCAAGACGUUCUUCCUCGUUCGAGAGAUCUGUUCUCCUACACCGCUGUGUUACGCAACCGAGAAGAAGUGUUCAUAACGAGUGUGACAAAAGAGUGAUGUUUAAACAAAAAUUCAGUGCAAAUCUAAUGUAAAUUUACAUUAAAACAACACAUCUUUGAACGUGAUCGGAAGCAACAGAAAUUAAGCUAAUACUCACUGUGGUGACGACAUCAAAUGGAGCGCCCUACGCGCUGGGCGCUAGUAUUGUUUGCGCUUUGCGCAACAGCGGCACAUUCGGCAGUUUUAACUUCUAACCCGUCCGAAGAACUCUCCAAAUCAAUCGAUAUAGACAACAGUCCCCUUUCUAGAGUGAAGAGGAAUGGAAAUAUUCGCGGAAAUUUCAGAGGCCAAACACAAUCACAGUAUCUUCAUUUUGGCAAUAGCCAAGAUGGUAAAGCUGAAGCCGAGGCAACACAACAUAGCUCCAGAGCGGUAGUUGUCGGUUCCAAUGGUAUGGGACAAGCGCAGAGCCAAUCGCUUGGCGGUGAUUGCAGCUCCUGCUAUGGAUCGGUUGAUGGUGGAGGCAGCUACAUCUAUGAUAGCAGACCCGAUCCGCUAAAAGUACCUGUGGAUAAGUUGCGUCUGCCAGAUGCAUACGAACCAGGCACCAACGGACAUUCGAUGAGACCAGGCGGUAGUGGUGGACUGGAUGGUUAUGGACGUUCAGGAGGUGCAGGAAGUUACGACGGAAGACCUGGCGGCAGUCCUGGCACUGGUGGAGCUGUAUUGGAUGCGUACGGACGACCAGUGGGCAGCUUUGAUGCACACGGAAGACCUAUUGGCGGAUCGGGAAUGGGAGGCAAUGGUGCGGGAAGUCAUGGACGGCCAGGGCAUGGUGGGUCAGGAUUUGACGCUCAAGGAAGGCCUGUGGGAUCCGAUGUAGGAGGAUAUGGCAGGCCAUCAGGAGGCCCUGGAACAGAUGGAUCUGGUGUUGAUGCUCAUGGCAGACCUAUCGGGGGUCCUGGCACUGGUGGAUCAGGCGUCGAUGCUCAUGGAAGGCCUAUUGGAGGAUCUGGUACAGGAGGACCAGGUUUUGAUGCUCACGGAAGACCUAUGGGAGGUCCUGGUACGGGAGGACUAGGUGUUGAUGGACAUGGAAGGCCUGUUGGUGGUCCAGGAACAGGUGGACCAGGUGUCGAUGCUCAUGGACGACCGAUUGGAGGAUCUGGAACUGGAGGGCAAGCUGUUGAUGCUCAUGGUAGACCGAUUGGCGGACCUGGAACAGGUGCAUCUGGAGUUGAUGCCCAUGGAAGACCGAUUGGAGGACCUAGUACAGCUGGAUCUGGAGUUGAUUCCCAUGGAAGACCGAUUGGAGGACCUGGAACAGGAGGAUCUGGUGUUGAUGCACAUGGAAGACCGAUUGGAGGACCUGGAACAGGAGGAUCUGGAGUUGAUGCACAUGGAAGACCGAUUGGAGGACCUGGAACAGGAGGAUCUGGAGUUGAUGCACAUGGAAGACCGAUUGGAGGACCUGGUACGGGAAGGCCCGGUGUUGAUGCUCAUGGAAGACCAAUUGGAGGAGGAACUGGAGGACAAACUGUCGAUGCCCAUGGAAGACCGAUUGGGGGGCCUGGAACUGGAAGGCCUGGAGUCGAUACUCAUGGACGACCGAUUGGAGGACCUGGAACUGGAGGGCAAGCUGUUGAUGCUCAUGGAAGACCCAUUGGAGGUCCUGGAACAGGAGGAGCAGGUACUGAGGGCCAAGGGAGACCAGUAGAUGGUUCAGGAGCACGAACAAAUGGUCAAGCAAGACCAACUGGAGGUUUCGAUACUCAAGGUAGGCCUGGAGGUCCUGGAACUGGAACUGGAGGUGCACCUCUAGACGGUCACGGAAGACCUUCUGGAGGUUAUGAUACUCAAGGUCGACCUGGGGGCCCUGGAACUGCAUUAGGAGGUGCGCAUGACGGUCACGGAAGACCUAGUGGAGGUGUGGGUGGUGUUGACGCUUAUGGAAGGCCUAUCGGAGGACCGGCAACUGAUGCUCAAGGAAGGCCUAUUGGUGGUUAUGAUGCUCAAGGAAGGCCUAUCGGUGGUUAUGAUGCACAAGGAAGACCACUUGGCAGUGGCACCCCAGGGACAGGACUUGAUGCAUCUGGAAGGCCAGUCGGUAGCCAUGGUCCUCAUCCUCAUUUAGUAGGACCGCCACUUCCAGGAGGAGGCGCACAUGGUGUCUAUCACAACGCUCCGCAUACAGUUACAUUGCCCGGUCAGGAUCACACCGUGGUCAAUCCAACAGGUGGCUUAACGGUUUUAGUUGGUACGGGUCACUCAAAACAAACUGUGAUUGGUUCUGAUAGCAGACUAGAUGGACACGGACCGGUGAAAAUUAUACCUGGACCACCGGACAGCCACGGACCUCCGAAGCAAACGGUGUACGCUCAUCCAGGAGGAUUAACUGUGCUGGUAGGAACGGGUGGUGCGCAACAAACCGUUCAUCAUCUUCCCGUUCAUGGUGGACAUCCUGGAGUAGGACCACAGACGGUGAUUCAUCCUGGAUCGGUAGGCACUGGCGUAUAUCCAGGAAGUGGCGUUGGCCCUGUUGCUGGUCAGUAUCCUGGUGGUACUGGACAAUAUCCAGGCACUGCUGGUGGUCAAUAUCCAACAGGCCCAUCCGGUGGACCAGGUAUGGGAACAACUACAGGAGCAGGAAGUGAAGUACAAUACCCUGGAGGAGCCACGGGAGGCCGACAUCCUGGAGCGGUUGGAGGUACGGGAAGUGGUCAAUAUCCAGGAACAGGCAUAGGUACAGGACAGUAUCCUGGAGGCACAGGAACUGGCCAAUACCCAGGAGGCGCUGGCACAGGUUCUGGACAAUAUCCGGGAGGCACUAGUACAGGAGCUGGACAAUAUCCAGGAGGUACCGGUGUAGGCCAAUAUCCAGGUGGAACGGGUGUUGGAACUGGACAAUAUCCUGGUGGUGUUGGUUCAGGAACUGGACAGUAUCCUGGAGGCGCUGGCACAGGAGCUGGACAAUACCCUGGAGGCACUGGAACAGGUGCUGGUCAAUACCCUGGAGGCACUGGAACAGGUGUUGGACAAUACCCUGGAGGCACUGGCACUGGAACUGGACAGUAUCCUGGAGGCGCUGGCACAGGAGCUGGACAGUAUCCUGGAGGCACUGGAACAGGAGCUGGACAGUAUCCUGGAGGAGCUGGCACUGGAGUUGGACAAUAUCCUGGAGGCGCUGGCAUUGGCACUGGAACUGGACAGUAUCCUGGAGGCACCGGUACAGGAGCUGGACAAUAUCCUGCAGGCACUGGAACAGGUGCUGGUCAAUACCCUGGAGGCACUGGCACUGCAGUUGGACAAUAUCCUGGAGGCGCUGGCACUGGCACUGGAAGUGGACAGUAUCCUGGAGGCGCCGGCACAGGUGCUGGACAAUACCCUGUAGGCACUGGAACAGGUGCUGGUCAAUACCCUGGAGGCACUGGAACAGGUGUUGGACAAUACCCUGGAGGCACUGGCACUGGAAGUGGACAGUAUCCUGGAGGCGCUGCAACAGGUGCUAGUCAAUACCCGGGAGCCACUGGCACAGGAACUGGACAGUAUCCUGGAGGCACUGGAACAGGUGUUGGACAAUACCCUGGAGGUACUGGCACUGGAACUGGACAGUAUCCUGGAGGCACUGGAACAGGAGCUGGACAAUAUCCUGGAGGAGCUGGCACAGGAGUUGGACAAUAUCCUGGAGGCGCUGGCACUGGCACAGGAACUGGACAGUAUCCUGGAGGUGCUGGCACAGGACCUGGACAAUACCCUGGAGGCACUGGCACAAGAGCUGGACAAUACCCUGGAGGCACUGGAACAGGUGCUGGACAAUAUCCAGGAGGGACCGGAGUCGGAGCUGGACAGCAUCCAGGAGGUGCUGGCACAGGAGCUGGACAAUAUUCUGCAGGCACUGGCACAGGAACUGGACAAUACCCAGAAGGACCCGGUGUUAGCCAAUACCCAGGAGGAACGGGUGUAGGAACUGGACAAUAUCCUAGUGGUACUGGUUCAGGAACUGGAUUAUACCCUGGGGGUACAGGAACUGGACAAUAUCCAGGAGGGACCGGAAUAGGAGCUGGACAAUAUCCUGGUGGUGCUGGGCAAUACCCUGGAGGCGCUGGGGUAGGAACUGGACAAUAUCCUGGAGGUACUGGUGCAGGAGCUGGACAGUAUCCAGGAGGAACUGGAGUAGGAACUGGCUUAUAUCCUGGAGGUGCUGGUGCAGGUGCUGGACAAUAUCCUGGUGGAACUGGACAAUACCCAGGAGCUACUGGAACGGGCACUGGACAAUAUCCAGGAGGAGUUGGAAGUGGUACUUAUCCAACUGGUGGAUCUGGACAGUAUCCAGGAGGUGCUGGUGUUGGAACAGGCACGGGACCUGGUGGCGUUGGUUACUAUCCAUCAGGAACGGGAACUGCACAGCAAUACCCCGGUGGUGGAUCAUCGAUUGAUCAGUAUCCAACAGCUGUAGAUCAGGGAGUCGGAGGAGGCAGUUUACCUCCACAGCCCAUUCAACUACCGGAAGAGGAAGACGAUUCAUUCUCACAAGCCGAAUCGUCGGUAAAGAACGGCGAAGUGAUGGCUUCUGCCCAAGGCCGUAAGAAUGGAGGUACUGCACAAACGCAGGUCUCCGGUACCUACACCGGCACGGGAUCGUUCAGUGCCAGCGCUCAAACAAGCGACAAGGAUCGUGCGGCACAGGCGCAAGUGUCUGGUGGAAAGGAAGGCGCCUUAAGCUCUGCUCAAGGUACGGGCGGUGUUGGCAAAUCGCAAUCGUUGGUGCAGGUUGAUUCGAAGACGGGAGGCACCUCCGCUACGUCCCAGAGCGGUGGCUUAGGCCACGAAAGUCAAUCCGAGGUGGUGGCUAAUGAGAAGGGCGGUUUGGCCGAUGCACAAUCGAGUGGGCCGGGGCAAACUUCGUCGCAGGCGCAGAUUGGUUUCCGUCCGCAAGGCGAAGGUACGGUUGAUCAGCAAAAUAUCUUCAACGGCGGAGGACAAGCGUCUGCCCAGUCGGGUGCUCACACUGGCCAGAGUCAGUCGCAAAUUAGUGGCAAUUUCAAGUUCGGCAUUGCGUAUCACGGUGCAGCACAGGCGGCGUCGGGAACGAAGGAACAGGUGGACACUUAUCGGGCAAAGAGCAAACCUCUAUUCCAAUCGAUUGGACUGUUUGGAAAGUCUACGGGUACCACGGUUCGUAAGGAAUCGGUUGACACUAACGGCAUGAGGACACGAACAUCCCAGCAAAGUUUAGUGAACUUCAUCAGCACUACACUGCCGCCGCUGGGCGAAGAGGAAGAGUACGAAGAUGUCGACGACGAGGAGGAAGAGUACGAGGAUGAGUAUGAAACGCCCUCGAAGAUUACGCGCAGUGGCGACAAAUCUACGACCGACGCAAACUCCUCCAUCAAAACGACUCCCGUAGCGUACGUGGUCACCGAACCGCCAACCGUAACGGUGCGCACGAGCGGAAAUGGGCGCGUAUUCACCCAGGGUGGACCGACGCAAAAGCAGACCGCGUUCGUACCGCACGGCGACAACUUCCGGCUAGUGCAAACACAGAACGGACGCUCGACCGUACACGCGGUAACGACCGAGCGAACGCAGCAAACCGUAGUGAACGCAGCCUCUAGCACCACGCCCAAGUACACUACGCGCUACCUGCCCACGAAGAAGGACAGCCCAACAACUGCGACGACAACGACGACGACUGCCGAUGAGAUGGAGGAAGGCCCGGAACCGGAAACCGGAUCGGCGCAAAAGACCGGCCAUCCGGACAGCUACAUUUCGGUAACGAAACAGGUGACGGGCAUCGACGAGAAGAGCAAGGUGCCGGCCAUACCGGGCAAGAACUACGAGUCGACGUACUACACCAAAUCGUCCACCUGCGGGUACUUCACCUUCUCCUGCAACAUCGUGUACGGUGAGAACGGGCGAAGUAAAAUCUGUCGACCCAAACCGCCAGCCAAUGGCAAAUGCUGAGGGAGAGAGGGAGGGGGGUUUGGUGUUUGGGUCUAAAUGCGACACUGCCAGUGAAACUCCCACCUCGUUGCUAACACAAUGGCACAGCGGGGACAGGGAGAGUUAUUUCUUAAUGUAACCGGCCCCGCAAAAGGGGUUCGCACCGGAGUGGGCUACUUUCAAGCCUUACAAUUACUUACAAACAAUCAAAUAUAUACACCCUUUUCGGAGAUAAUGCAACCUCUGAUUGCCCAGCACCAAUUAAUUGUAACUGUUUUGUUUAAGUGACACUCACGAAUGGAGUAAAUAAAUAGGAUUAUUUGACACUAUG